CAUUGAGAGUGUGAGAGUCAAAGACUCCGAGACACUUUCUGCCCGUGACGGUCCGAGGACAGGGACUUUUCUUCUAGAUAUCAGAUUGCUCUUUGUACAAUAGAUCAGUCUUUGUCGGCCGUGGAAAAAGCAUCAAAACAAGAGAGAAAAUCAAACAAACUACAACAAUGCGUCUAGACUACGUCCCCAACCCGCCGACAGACCUCGCGCCUGAGGACCACGAGGUCCUCGAACGGGUGAAAGCCCGUAGAGGAGCGAUGGGACUGAUUCCUCUCGACCUAACCUUACUCCAUGCCCCCAAGAUUGCAGAUGGCUGGAACGCACUCCUGGGAGCCGUCCGAACCAAAAACUCUCUGCCAGAUGAUAUCCGCGAGAUCGCCAUUUGCCGGCCUGCGCUCAUCAACCGUGCCUGGUUCGAAUGGAACGCGCACGCCCCGAUCCUCAUGAAGACUGCGGGCUUCACAGAAGAGAAGUUAAAUGUCGUCAAACAGCUUCAUCCCAAGGCUCAGGGUGCGCUUGACGACCGACAAUGGGCAGUUCUGAGAUUUGCCGAUGCGAUGACUCGCGAUAUCGCGGUUCCCCAAAGCUUGUUCGAUGAAGUGAAGGCAGCAGGCUUUAAUGAGCAGCAAAUCGUCGAGAUAACAGCCACUGUGGCCAGUUACAACAUGGUCAGCCGUUUCCUGGUUGCGCUUGACGUUGGAGAGCAGAAUAAUAAGUCACCCGAAUGGGCGGAGAACUGAGCCGGGAAUGUCAACUGUGAGGAAGGCCUGGCUUGUUAGUUAGUGCCUCGACUGCUCCCAUGGUGGGAUAGGAGAUUCCGCAUAUGUCCAUGUCACAUCGAGAAUCUGAUGUCUAUGAUAAGAUGUUGUAUGGUGGGCCACUGGGGAGCAGCACCUUCAAUCAUGCACUCUGCUGGACUCGGAGAUCAAUAGCAGUAACUCAUGUUUUUGCCUCGGGUGGUCUCGUCAAGUAAAAUGUCUUCC